CCAGCACUAGUAUAUAGGUUUAAUUGUGCUCGAAAAAAACGGAGUUAAAGUGAAUGUCCGCGUCCAGCAAAAGUACUCAAAAGCAUCCAGAUCCAAGCUAGGCAGCUUGGGCCACCAAGAAACUAGGGACAAGCGAUGCCAAUGCAACAAUAAUAUCAAUUAAACGGCUUUUCGUAGACGCUGUUGCCGAGAAUUAAUUCUGUCCAUUGCCAUAGACCAGCAGUAAAACGAGCCUCCGAGCCCCAACGUCUCUGGGAAGAUGGUGUCCACCCGCCAAAUGUGCGGCAGUGCCGCCAAUGGAAGCCCUUCAGCCUCGGGAUCGGGUUCGGGAACUGCAGAGUCGCAGGAGGUGGUACCUGCUGGUAUCCCUCCCUUGCCAGUCGCCCUCCAGGAGCCCGAAUCUACCGCAGCCCGUACUUCUGUCCUGCGGCGGACGGCCAGUUAUCAGGGCAAUUCCGGCCAGUCACCGGCUAGCCUGGCCUUCUCCGCCAGCGUGGUGACGCGCCACCACUCGUACAAUAUCCAGAUGCAGCGGAGCGAGGGUCCCUCGGUCUCCGGCGUCCCAGUGAAGGUUACUUCGGUUGGGUUGUUGGAUUUGCCCAAUGAACUGAUUGAGAAGAUUCUUGGCUACGUGGACUACAAGAAAAUCUCACAUCUCAGAAUGGUGUGCCACCGCAUGAACGACAUUUGCAUGGCCAUGCUGAACGCCGCCUUCUCCAGGCAGAUCAAUACCACGUUCAGCCGCUUCCAGGCCAUCAAGGCGAGCAUGCCACGGCGGGAGUCGGCUCGACGCAGUCAUCCGCUGGCCUGUCAGUGCGACAUCAUCGAGACGUGCUACAUGCGCCUCUCACUGCUGCAGAUGUCAAUGGGCAAGCACAUGGAGCGGGGUCAUUGCUGUUUCUUUCCUGGAUCCAUAUUGGACGAGGUACACGGCAUUUUGAACUAUAUCAAUUUUACGCCUCAGCUGCAGCGACCUUAUCGGGUGACCGAUGAGCUCUUCGAUCUCUCCACCAUGGCGAUGGAGUACUUUAAGGACCGCAUUGAGCCGACACUUCCCGGCCUGGCGUACUUUAACAAGGACUUCUUUACGCUGCCCACCACCACCAAGCGACCCACGCUUGCCAUCAGUUCAGAUCUCGAGGACAGUGCCAGCAAUUCGCCGCCUCAGAACCACAUGGUGCUCCGCAAGGGCAUCCGCAAGAUCAAGCAGGGCAUGAAGAUCUACAACAACCAGCUGUCGGUGCUGCGCACUGAACUUCGCACCUGCAAGCGCAAGGCCGCCGAGCAGGGCAAGCAGCUGGCCGAGCAGCAAAAUCUCUUGGCGGAGCAGCAGAAGCAGACGCUGGAGUAUGCAAAUCGGUUGGACGAGAAUGACAAGAAGAACGAGGAGAUGACACGCAAGUUCUCCACUCUCCUGCAGGAGCUCAACAAGUGCAAAACCGAGCUGCAGUUCUGGCGUUCCAAGAGUCCAGCCAUCCCGGUAAUGUGCAGUUCGUGCAAUCAGAAAGUGACGCCUCUGGUGCCGCCAGAGGAUUUCCAAGUGCUCAUUAACCAGGGCGUUGAUCCGGAGCACAUAAUCAUUAGCAAUGAGGACGCUGACGCCGAGGAGAGCGACGUGAGCGUGGGUGAGAUGAAGGAGUUUGCCUCGCCGGACGAGUCCACCACAGCCAAGCUGCUGGCCGUUAGCACUGCAGCCAAGAAUCAGAAGCGCAAGCUUCCGUCAGAGCCCCAGUCGUCCAAUGCCAUUGCGUCCACAUCGAAGCAAGUGGAGGCCGUCCAAUCCCAGCCACAGCCGCCGGCUACAGUUAAUGGGGGUGGAGCAGGAGGAGCUGUUAAGGCCGCCGCCGCCGGAGGAUACUCGCCGAAGCUUUUCUAUGGCAACCAUCAACGCAGCGGCGUGAUUGUAAGCCUCGUCUCCAUGAAGUCAACGGCAGCUCCGCCGGAGGCAUCUGGAUCGGAGGCAGCUCUCGAGGAGCCGGAAGAGGCGAAGAAAGCACGUAGAGUACAAAAGGCCAACAGAUAUGUAAAUACGUCGUCUGGCAAACGCAGUAAGCAUUAGGACAUACGCAUAUAUACACUUUACAUAUUUUUUACCACUUAUUUACAUAAACGAAACCACAAAUAAAGAACACGUCCAUGCCCCACGCUCUCAUCUGGCUGGGGCAGGCGUCAUGUAGUGUUAAAAGAAGAA